AUGCCUGCUUCGGAGUCGAGCUCUGAACCUAAGCUGGAGCAAUUAUCGGCCCUACACUGUGAAUGCAUUACCCGUGCUAAAUUUGUAAGCGAUCAAUCGGGAGUCCUAAUUUCCGAUGAAAUCGCUUCCUUAGUCACAGAGAAUGCAUUUCGUUUCGCGCAAUUGCUCGCUACCGAUUUGGAGGCUUUCGCUCGCCAUGCUAAACGGUCUACGAUCAAUCGAGACGAUGUUAUCCUCUUCACUCGCCGCAAUCCUCUACUGAGGAAGUUUUUGGAUGAAAAAUCGGCUACAUUCGAUGUUGCCUCUGGUGAAGAGGACGAAGGCACAAAACUACAGUUAUUGAAGCGGAGGGCGCGAAGGUCAAGAACUGCAAAGAAAUCUCAUGACAAUUCCUCAAUGAUGUCACCACUGAAGACCUACUUCUCUCCUACGGAUAAUACUCCUUCAACCUCAAAUGUCUCACGUGCGGCAGUAUCACCUUUGAAGAGGGCUUUUCUUGAAAGCGCAUUAUCCCUUACCGUAUCUACGCCCGUCGAGGCUGAUCGUCAACAGCCUGGCACUGGAACACCAAAGAUCUCUCUCCUUGACAGCGAUGAUGAAUUCUCCAGCAUCUUUGACGAUAUAGGUGACGUCUAG